ACUGGGCACAGUUUUUAAGAUUUCUGAUUGGGGUUGGAGGUCCUUUCCUUCCAUUGUAGCCCAGUGUUCCUGGCAAGAAGGUCUGUCUGGGGGUCACAGCUAGAAGAGCAUUUUGGUGUAACAUAAGCCGCAGGGCAAAGGGCAGACUUUUCCAAGGUGCCAUGUGCUCCUUACCGAGAGUGUGACAGUGCUUUCUGAAUGGAAACCGGAGGCUGAGUUUUCCAGUUUCAAACUAUCCCACAACAUAUGGGUGAUGUAAGACACUUUUUUAGGGGGAAAUCUAAGUUAGGAUCCAUUCCUUAAACGAUGGUUCUGAGAGUCCUUUUGGAUUAUGGCAGAUUCCUCCCUGAAGAGAUUUAGGAGAGGUUUAGGCAUUUUAGCAAGAUUGAGACCAGAGGGAGAAAUGGCUUUCAUGCUUUCAGUCCUUUUGGUCCCACGGGCCGCCCUCAGAGGCGCCGGAGAAGGUGAGUCCAGUGCCUGCGCCACCCGUCAGGCCCUUCCUGGAGGCCGGGUGGGUGGGCCCAGGGCAGCCUCUUAGCGCCUCCUGCCCGGGAAGCCUGACCCGAUUUAUAGGGGUGCAGAUUAGCUCCAGAUAGCACUUGGCCCAUAAAGAGCUAUCACCUAAAAAGUCAAGGAAGAGGAAGUUAUAAACAUGUGACCGGGUUUAUAAAUUUUUCCUGGCUUGGCAUUUGGUGGAAUUAAUUUGUUAGUGUUCAAUAAAUCGUUCUGUGUCAUGUUGUGAGAUAAUCUUAGGCUUUUAAUGCUUAGAAUCUUGGAGGUGAUCUCAGUGACAGUUCAGCUGUCCACAUGCUGAGAUCUCACCUAACCAUGUCUCUUCGCAGAAUUAGUAAAAUGAGAUGCUGCUGGGGGGCUGGGGGCUGAAGUGCCUCUCUGGGCCUUAGUUUUUUCUCUUCUGAACAAAGGGUGUGAAUUAGAUGAUUUCUAAAGUAUUUCCAUGUUCUGUGAGUCACUCUUCCUCUCCAUGCCAUCUUUCUUACUUUCCUUUUUCUUUUUCUUAUAAAUCAUCAAGACGUUUGUCCUUAACAGUUUUGGGGUUAUGAAUCCACUAGGAAUCCUGAUGAGAAGGGCUUGAGCUGCUUUCUAGAAGGAUGUCCAUACAAACAAAAUUUUGCUUUUUAUUUCAGGAGGCUCCUGGGCACAGACUCUAGUUUAUGAACUUUGUACUCAGGGGGUGAGCUAAAUAAAUGCUACCAAGCGGAAGCAUCUCAGUAGGUCUGCAGACACCAGCCUUCUCCCCCCCCACCCCGCCCCCAUUCCUGGAAUGGGGCGGGGGUCUCUGUCUUUCCUCCAGGAAUGCUGUGUGGGAACCUGUCCCCUGCUGAAUUAUUUUCUGGGGAGUGGGGUCGUUUUCUCUUUCUCACCAGGUGCCCUGGCCAAAUCUGUCCCUUCUUAUUUAAAAACACGAAGGACUGUUUCAGAAUUCUGGGACUUGAGAUCCAUUCACUGCAGAUGAGGAGAGGCUCAGAGAGCUGGUCAAAUGACUUUCCCAAGGCCUCAUUAGAGGAAAGCCUUUGCUGGAGUCUGCGGUUUCCCAGUCGAAGUCCAAUUCCCAUUUCACACACUUCACUCCUUUCUGAAUCCACAAAUGGGCAGCUCAGGUUGUUGGAUGAAAAAGUUAAAGAGUUGGCACUCCCAGGCCCUCAGGUCCUUUUCUCUGGGACCUGGACUCCUUCUCGAUCCCCUGGCCGUCUGCAGGGUGGCUGGAGUCUCCAGAACACACACUUAUUGCUUUAUGGACCAGGGUGGCUCUGGAUGUGACUGUUCUUGGGACAUAAUGUCUUGUCACUGCUGAUUGUUUCAAACUUGUUUGCCCGAAGAGGUCACAUUUCAAUCGGAAGAACAGAAAUGUCUUUUUUUUUUCUGGGUGGGCGUCUGUCCAACUGCCUAGGGGAUUUCCACUGUUCUUGUAAACGGGCUGGAGUCAAUACGGUGUGGUUGUUCUCUCUCUGUGCCCCUGGGAAAGCCGUCUGCUCUGGCAAGGAUAUUCUUCCCAAGGAUGUCUCUGAGCGCCCCAGGACGGUGAGGCCCCUGGAUUCUGGUGCCUUCUGGAAGAGGCUGGCUUUGCUCUGUUCUGUCACUGUGGUUAAUUUCCUCACUCUUGUCCACUGUCUCCCCGUUGGUCAUGAGUUCCCGAGGAAGAAAGGAGGGAUGUAAUGACAGCAUCUGUUGUCUAGAGAGAGUCCUCCAGGGUCCAGGCACUGUUGCAGGUGCUUCGUACUUGUCGUCUGAGUCCUCACUGCGAUGACGCCCAGCACCGGCGGUCAUCCUGGAUGUGUGACCGAAACGGCGGCCGGCGGCUGCGGCAGUGGCUGAUCGAACAAAUCGACAGUGCCAUGUACCCGGGGCUGAUCUGGGAGAAUGAGGAGAAGAGCAUGUUCCGGAUCCCGUGGAAACACGCCGGCAAGCAGGACUACAACCAGGAGGUGGACGCCUCGAUCUUCAAGGCCUGGGCAGUUUUUAAAGGGAAGUUUAAGGAAGGGGACAAGGCCGAACCUGCCACGUGGAAGACAAGACUCCGCUGUGCUUUGAACAAGAGCCCAGAUUUUGAGGAAGUGACCGAUCGGUCCCAGCUGGACAUUUCUGAGCCAUACAAAGUUUACCGCAUCGUCCCCGAGGAAGAGCAAAAAUGCAAAUUAGGCGUGGCGGCUCCUGGCUGCGUGAGUGAAGCCCCGGAGAUGGAGUGUGGGCGCUCCGAAAUCGAUGAGCUGAUCAAGGAGCCUUCCGUGGACGAGUACAUGGGGAUGGUCAAGAGAAGCCCCUCCCCGCCGGAGGCCUGCAGGAGUCAACUCCUCCCAGAAUGGUGGCUGCAGCAGCCAGGCGCAGGCUUGCCCCUGGUGCCGGGCUACACUGCCUACGAUGCGCACCACUCAGCCUUCUCCCAGAUGGUCAUCAGCUUUUACUAUGGGGGGAAGCUGGCGGGCCAGACCACCACCACCUGCCCUGACGGCUGCCGCCUGUCCCUGAGCCAGCCCGGCCUGCCCGGCGGCAAGCUGUACGGGCCCGAGGGCCUGGAGCUCGUGCGCUUCCCGCCCGCGGACGCCAUCCCCAGCGAGCGGCAGAGGCAGGUGACGCGGAAGCUGUUCGGGCACCUGGAGCGCGGCGUGCUCCUGCACAGCAGCCGCCAGGGCCUGCUGGUCAAGCGGCUGUGCCAGGGCCGCGUCUUCUACAGCGGCAACGCCGCGCUGGGCCGGGACGGGCCCAACAAGCUGGAGCGCGACGAGGUGGUCAAGGUCUUCGACACCAGCCAGUUCUUCCGAGAGCUGCAGCAGUUCUAUAGCCACCAGGGCCGGCUCCCUGACGGCAGGGCAGUGCUGUGCUUCGGAGAGGAGUUUCCAGAUAUGACCCCCUUGCGCUCCAAGCUCAUUCUUGUGCAGGUUGAGCAGCUCUAUGUUCGGCAGCUGGUGGAGGAAGCAGGGAAGAGCUGCAGCGCAGGCUCCAUGAUGCAGGCCCCCGAAGAGCCCCAGCCAGACCAGGUCUUCCGGAUGUUUCCAGAUAUUUGUGCCUCACACCAGAGACCUUUUUUCAGAGAAAACCAACAGAUCACAGUUUAAGUCUCUCUCUCGGUCACCCCACCCGCAUCUAGCCUUUACCUGAUUGCAAUUACUAUCGUAAUUAUUUAAGGAGGUGGACCACUCGGCCUGGGUGGAACGCUUCCCUCUGCCCUUAAUCUGGUGAGGGUGUCCUCUGAGGACGUGACAGGGAAACACAGCCGAGACCCACUUCUGAAAUGCAGACCUACACGUGCAAACUCACACCAGAUGGUUUGAUGCUCUGACUGUAACCUGUGACCAAGACAUGUAUUUCCUGCAUUUCCCCCUGAUUAUCAUUAGUUGCUAUGAUUCUUUCAGCAUUUUGAGAAACUUGAUAUUUCCAGAGAUUUGGCAUUCAAUUUUAUUCAAAUAGAAAGAAAUAUGCACUGGAAGAUCACCUUUGGUUAGAGCUAUAGACUUAAUGAUUUCAAAUGCUUGAUUCAAUGUGAAGUGUCUUUUUACUUUUAAGCAUGUUAAUAAGAUUUAAAACUACUUGGAUACUAGGCUCCCUUUAAUAAGUGAAAGCAGAACUCUUGGGUUGUUAGAAAACUGUACAUUCUGCCUAGAAUUUGGUGCCAGGAGACCAUUUCCAUCGCCAGGUGAACUGGUGUGUUUUCAUGUUCACACAGGGAAAGCUUUUCCUUUCGCCUUAAGGAAGCUGAGAGCUAAAUUUAUGUUUUCAUUUCUGUAAUUAAAUCAUCCCCAGAUACCUUUCCCUCUCUUCUAAAUGAUUUCGACCGGUUUUAAAAAAUUUGUACUUUUAACUGACCUAUUUUAAGUUAAUUGUCCUGUUGUAAACUGCUUAAAAAAACCUUUUUUUUUGAUAAAGUGGGCCAUAUAUAGACCACAAGCUCAGAAAAUAAUUGCAGAUUGUACAAGCAUGUUGAUUGUGCCUUAGAGUCAGUCAGCCCCUUCCCGGGCCAGUGGUGGGCACCUCGGGCGCGGCCCCAGCAGCCUGGCCACACUGCGCCGUCCUCUCCCCGCUCACUGGGCCCCGGCCGUAGCGCGCCCUGGGGCGCACCGGCUCCCACCCUUCAGAGUGGGAUGCUGGGAUUCCAGUGGACGUCCCAGUUUCAGCCCUGGAAGAACCUACCCUAUUUAGCAGCAAGUAAGAUGCAACUACUACCCAAAGAUGUGUCCAGAUGUUUACCCUAAAUCAUGGAACUAAUCAAAAGCUGGGCAGAAGCCUGCAACAGCGGCUCGGCUAGCCAGGUCGCGUCACCCCACUGGCCUUCCGACGUGCGGUGUAACACACGUUGUAACUUGCACGGUUAAAAAGCACCAGGACAUUCUUCUCUGAAAAACAAAAUGUCUUACCUGCUAGAUCGGGGCCUCUUGUCGGUCUGUGCGACGCCCCGGGGCAGGCGAGGGCUGAGGGCCUGCAGGCUCCCCGCUCCUCGCAGUCUGUGGAUUAGGCCGAGUCAGUGCCACAGUCGGUGUAGACUCCGGGUGGGUUGGUGAGGGUCUGUCUGCUUCUCCCUCGCCUCGGCUGGAGAGAAUUUUUUCUCUCCUUUUUCUCCCAGCCUGGUUCAAUGCCAGCCCUGGCCCAGAAUCUCGCAGUCAGCCCUCAUUUGGAGAAGUGGGAGGAGGUGGGGUUUGGGGGAGGGGGUUGCCCCAGCUCAGCCAACAUGGUGGCCUUGUAGCUGUAAGAGUUCCUGAUUUAAAAUCCGAAAAGCCAAAGAAUAAAGAAUGCCCGUUUAUCCUUCCCACUGCCACUCCUGCAGAGGGGCUGGAGGUGCGGCUGCAGCAAGGCUCAGCCCUGUGCGUUCUUCAGCUGUGUUUGAAUUCACAUGAGAAUAUGAUAAUGCCAGUAAAAGUGACUUGCUCUUGAGCCAGCAAGGCCAGCAUUACGUCAAGGAUGACGUACCCGUUUCUGGGGUUUUGCCCGGUAACAGUGGGCUUUAGUGUGUGGCUCAAAUCCACGUGAAGCGCACAUCGUUAAUAUGCUGAGUGAAUAUUUAUUUUUUGUAUCCAUUAUAGAUGUUUAUUGAUCUCUUUUACUCUUUUAUUAAAAUAAAAUGCUUUUCUAAAGCUGA